CCUCUAAGCUGAUUGAGAUGUUAAGUCAACAAAAAUUGUGUGUUUGGUUUAUUUAUAAUUGUCAAAUUAUUUUUGCUUUAUUUUUUCUUUUGUGGGGAAUGAUAGAAAAGUGUGUAGAAAAGCAAAACAAGACGAUAUUUUUAUAAUUAAUAAUAAAAAAAUAAAUUUAAAAAUGAACAUAGUAAACAAAUCAAACACCCUCUUAGUGUUUGAUCUUAUUUAUCAAAUUUUGGUUAUAGGAUCCGUUAUCAGGGUUGACUAAGGAGACAAAAUCACUUAACAAGGGCAACUGUCACAUAGUUAGCACAAGCCCUUCAGAGGUGUACAAAGCUUACUUUAAGCAGUUUCAAGAAGGUUUUAAAUCAUUUCUAAAAUCGCGUUCGGAGGAACUUGUGCCUGGAGGAGCAAUGGUCUUAGUGUUACCUUGCACUUGCAAAAAUGAAACUCUUUCAAAAAGCCUUUGGGAAGUAAUAAGCCUAACACUGAAUGACAUGCUCUCGGAGGGUUUGAUUGAAGAAGCAAAAUUGGACUCUUUUAACAUACCAACGUAUGAGCCUACAAUUGAGGAAAUUAGGCAUUUGAUUAAGGAAGAAGAGUCAUUGUUUCUUCAAAGAUUAGAGGUUUUCACCGUGCCUAGGGAUGAGGGUGUAAGUGAAUGUGGUGAUGAUUUUUUUCUUGAUGGAAAUAUAAGAGCUGAAUUCAUAGCCACAUACACAAGAGCUGCAAUGGAGCCUCUCUUAUCUGCAAAGUUUGACGCACAAGUUAUAAAUGAAUUGUUUAUCAGGUUUCGAAAGAAACUUGUGCAAAUAAUGAAGGUGGAGAUAUUUGAGACUGCUAAUUUGAUGAUAUCCAUGACAAAAAUUGCUUGAAGAAGUGUUUAAAGAUUAUCUUAAAAUGUAGUUUUUCUUUUGUAAUUUUGUUUUGAUUUGGUGAAAUAAAGUUAAGUUCUAAGGAGUAGAAUAUGCUACCCUUG